AUGGUGGAAAUUACAGCGGCCGAAAUUGUUCACUCUGAUUUAAGGCCGCAUCAAUCCAUAACGGAGAAGAAACUGCGCAAGGUUGCACUCUCCUUGUUUGAAUCUUGGGCAAUCUACCGGAGCUUGCUCCGCAAACAAGCCGAUGUUUUAGCUAAAAACUAUGGCGAAGAGGCGUUUCUCUACGGACUUGAACGGUUUUCGGUACUGAAAGAUGUUCUGUUUGCUCUGUUAUACCAAAGCCCUAUGAUUUGGCCAGUCUCAGCCACUGAGGAGCCAGAGGAUAUAAUCAUAUUCUCCUGGCAAAGAGGCGAUGAGAGACACAGAGAGAAGUACUGCGGAUUCUGUUUUGUAAGACGCGCCCUUGUACAACAGAAAAACAAUGUGGUGGAACUGGUUCUAGAUGCUCAACAACUCUACACUUAUAACUGCACGAUAUUUGAUGAACCUUGCGCGGAACAUGAUAGUCUUUUGACAAUGUUGAAGAAACCAGGCUUUCGUCGCCUAGAUAUCUCUCUGAUGUUUGGCGGAAGAGGAUCACCCAGUGAGAACUAG